UUAAACGCUCGUCUGUGUUUUGCUUCCUUAACACGAUGAAGAACUCAUUUUUCGCAAUAGCAAUUAUUCUGCUGACUAUUUCAAACACGCAUAGUGCUGCAACGAGGACAUUAGCUCGUCCUCUCCCGACUCAGAACGUUAAGAAUUACAUUGGCACCGAUGGCUUGGCGGCUUGGAUCAAAGCUUGGCUAAGCGUACUAAGCCGUGAGGCUUACACUGCCAGAGUCAAGGAUGAUAACUUAACCGCUGAAAUUGAAGGGCUACAGGGUUCCAACACCCUGUUAGUCUCUGAAAUGCAACAAUUGCAGCGAGCGAACAUCGACUUCAGUAAAACUCUCCAUGACGUGCAGCAGAAGGUAGACAAGGGGACACAAACCGACGCCGCUAUCCAAGCAGAAAAUGUGGACCUUAAAAAUCAGGUUGCAACACUCAAGCAGCAGCUGCAGCAGCUGAAGGAUUCACAAGAAAGAGGGAUGACAUCGCUGACAAAAGCAAUAACGAAUCUAGUACAGGCCGUUGCCAAACUCUCAAUGUCUCGGGGAUAAGACAGAGAAC